AUGGAAAUUCACAGUCCUCAACUUUUUAGCACCACUGUCGACUGCGCAGUUUCUGGAGACAGAUCAGAGUUUCUCUUUCACUUUGAUCAACCGUUCGAGGUUCAUGAUGAUUUUGAGGCACUGAAACGACUAGGCUAUUCAUACGGUUUGGAGCACAAUACAUUGAAUCCUGACAUGUUGGAACAUAUUGAUGAAUUUAUUCCUCCAGCUCUUCAUAUAAUAUCGGAAUGUGAUUUAGGAGAGAUGUCAGACUGGGAAUCUAGAGCAAGGUCGUCGAAUCCACAAACAGUACAAUAUGUUAUACGCGAUCCAAACAUUGGUGGGCGACCGCAUGCCUCGGUGUUCGAACAGAAUGCUUCGGAUCACUCCAGUGAUGGAUCUUAUGUCGAAAUGGCGCAGCCGGUGUACGCUGCUCCCGGUUACGCAUACAGUCUGCCUGCCUAUGAAACCGAAGUGGGAGAGGAAAUGGAGCUAGUGGAGCAACCAGAGUACGUUUACGCAAUGCCCGGAACAAGCACAGGCUAUGAGGUCGUGGAUGCGAAUACUGUCGAUCGUUCGCGGUCUGUAGUCAUGGUGCGACCACCUUCGCUAGCAAGGGGCGCAUCUACCAGUAGUGUACCCACUUACGCAUUGGAUCAGCCCUCCAGUUCCAAGGUU